AUGGUGAUCUCCGCCCACGCAAUGGCGAGCUCCGUCGGCGCAAGCCGGGAAGUCAACACGGAGCCCGUAAUUUUCAACCGCAUGUCACGACACCAGAGGAAAAGCCCGCCCCGCAACCGCGGUCCAAGACCCCGUCAUCUAUGUCUGGUUUUCUCCUCAUCUUGCUUUGUUUCGCCAUCAGUUUCCUCUUUAUGCUCGCCGUCAAUAUCCAAAACAAACAUCGCCUUCUCAAUUUACACGAAGAACAGCCCACACCAGAGCGCCCAUUCGUCACUGAGAAUGCCCUCGCCCACAUUCGCCGCAUAG